GGCGGGCGCGGGAGACGGAUCGCCGGGCGCUGACAGCCGGCGCUCGCGGUGAGCGUGGCACCUGUGGCCCGGAGCGUGGUAGAAUACUCAGUUGUAUUCCAGAGAGGACUGUUCAUGGCCAUUAGAGGAUGUUCACUGGCACUUGUUUUUACAAUCAUGUGGCUGUCAAUUAAAGCAAAAAUAGAUGUGUGUAAGAGAGGAGAUGUGACUGUGAAGCCUUCGCAUGUAAUUUCUCUUGGAUCAACUGUCAAUAUUUCAUGCACUGUGAAACCCAAAAAAGGCUGCCAAAACUCCUCCAGUUUUAACAGGCUAAUCCUCUAUGAGUUCAACAGAACAAUCUGUUUUCACCACGGUGACUCCUUCACUACCCAAGUCACAGAUCUUCCCCUGGGGACAACUUUGUUUGUCUGCAAGCUGGCCUGCAUCCAUGAAAAUGAGUUUCAAAUUUGUGGGGCAGAGAUCUCCGUUGGUGUUGUUCCAGAACAGCCUCAAGGCUUGUCUUGCAUGCAGAAAGGAGAACGUGGGACUGUGGCCUGCACCUGGGACAGAGGACGAGAAACUCAUCUAUACACUAAGUACACUUUAGAGUUAAAUGGGCCAAAAAUUUUGAGUUGGAAGAAGCAAUGCAAUGAUCAAUAUUGUGAUCAUUUGGACUUUGGAUUCAACCUAACCCCUGAAUUACAUGGAUCCAAUUUCAUAGUUAAGGUUACUGCCAUCAAUAUGCUUGGAAAUUCUUCACUUGCAUCUAUGUUCACAUUCUUGGACAUAGUGAGGCCUCUUCCUCCGUGGGACAUUGGAAUCAUGUUUCUAAAUGCUUCUGUGAGCAGAUGUAUUCUUCAGUGGAGAGAUGAAGAAUGGGUGCUACUUAAUCGGCUCAGAUACCGGCUCAGCAGCAGCAGGUCCUGGAAGAUGGUCAAUGUUACAAAUGCUAGAGGAAGACAUGAUUUGCUGGAUCUGAAGCCAUUUACAGACUACGAAUUUCAGGUUUCUUCUAAGUUGCAUCCUUAUCAGGGAAGUUGGAGUGAUUGGAGUGAACCACUGAGAACACAAACACCAGAAGAAGAACCUACUGGAACAUUAGAUGUCUGGUACACAAAAGAGCACGUGGACGACAACAAAGAACGUGUUUUUCUUUUCUGGAAGAAUCUGAGUGCAUCAGAAGCAAGAGGGAGAAUCCUCUACUAUCAAGUGACCUUGCAGGAGAUGGCAAAAAGGAAAACUAUAGCACAGAACUUCACAAGACAUACCUCCUGGACCUGGGUUAUUCCAAGAACUGGGAAUUGGGCUACAACUGUGUCUGCAGCCAACUCAAAAGGCAGUUCCCUACCUACUCAUAUUAACAUAACAGACCUGUGCGUGGCAGGGUUGCUGGCUCCUCACCAAGUCUCUGUGAACCCUGAGGGCACGGACAGCAUCCUGGUGACUUGGCAGCCUCCCGGGAAAGCUGCCCCUGCAGUUCUGGAGUAUGUGGUGGAAUGGAAGGAGCUCCUUCCGGGAGGCAGCACACAGCCCCCUCUGAACUGGCUGCGGCUCCCGCCCUACAGUGUGUCUGCUGUGCUGUCAGAGAACAUCCAAUCCUACGUGUGUUAUAAAAUCCGUGUGCAUGCACUGUCAGCGGGGCAGAUGGGAUGCAGCUCCAUCCUGGGAAAUUCCAAGCAUAAAGCACCGCUGAGGGGCCCUCACAUCAACAGUAUCACAGAGGAUAAGGGCAGGGUUUUGAUUUCCUGGGACCACCUUCCAGCCAAGGAGCAAAGGGGCUGCAUUCUCCAUUACAGGAUACACUGGAAAGAGCGGGACUCCAAUUCCCAACCUCAGUUCUGUGAAAUUCCCUAUAGAGUCUCCCAGAAUUCACAUCCAAUACACAGCCUACAGCCCCAAGUGAGGUAUGUCCUGUGGAUGACGGCUCGAACUGCAGCUGGUGAAAGCCCCCCAGGAAACGAGAGGGAAUUCCGUCUGCCGGAUAAAUCCAAUUGGAACAUGUUUGUGGCACCAAGCAUUUGCGUUGCUGUCAUCAUAACAGGCCUUUUCUCAGUGCGUUACAUCAGGCAAAAGGUAUUUGUUCUUCUUUCAGCCCUCAGACCUCAGUGGUGUAGCAGAAAAAUUCCGGACCCCGCCAAUAGCACGUGGGCCAAGAAUUAUCCCAUCGUGGAGGAGCAGACACAGCUGCUUUCCGAGAGGCUACGGAGCCCCUGGACCUCUCCUGACGAGCCCGAGCCCCUGGUCAUCAGUGAAGUCAUCCACCUUGUGACUGCGCUCCGCAGACAUCCCCCUCAUCCCACGGGCUCAGAGAGAGUCCAAGAUCACUGUAUCUCGGAGGGAGACGCGGUGCUCAGCGCCCCUGGCCCACUGCCCCCAAGAGCUCUUGCGGUUGAGGCAAGACCAGCAGUGGAUCUGUAUAAGAUGCUGGGGACCAGGGGCCCUGACCCAAAGCCAGGGAGCCCUGCUGGUCCCAUGACAGACCUGCCAGUGGACUACAUACCCACACACGAGGGCUACUUGCCCUCCAACACAGAUGGCCGCCCUCCCAGUGGAGCUCCUCUCCCAGAGCCCGGGGAAGACCUGCAGCUUCAGCACAUCUCUUUUUCCGUUUUCUCCAGUUCCGUUCACCAGCUCCCCUUCUCUUGUGGGGAGAAGCUGACUCUGGAUCAGCUGAAGAUGGGCUGCGAUCCUCUUGGGCUCUGAGUGCUGAGGCUGGAUGCCUGGCCAGUCGCCAUGGGUCCGUCUCUGCCGCCAUUGCUAUGGGAUCUGGCUUCAGUGAGAGGGCAGGUGAGCCAGCUUGGGGUUGAUCUCGGAGAGCUGGCCUUCCCCAAGAUGACGUCCUCCACUGUGGAUUGGAGACUCCCACCUGCAUUCCUGGGCAACUGGGCCACAGUGGCCAGCAAGCAAAGGAGAGGACAAGAGUGGCAAUCCACACUCCCCGCGGUAACGGCACACAAUGCAGAGGCUUGCUGAUUCCACGAUGUAUCUACCAAGUGCCUCCUAUGUCCUGCAUGCUCACUGCACAGGACUGUCUAGAAGAACGUGUGGAGAUGACAGAAACAUCUAGCAUCUGCAGGAUGUCCAGUGUGACUGAGAAGCUGCAUUUUGAUGGAGAUUAAACAGCCACGCUUGGCUAUGGUGACUGGAUUGAAGAGCACAGCUCCAGGUGACAGAUACACUAAUGGCAACUUUGGUUGACAAAGUUUACCUCAGUGCAUCGCACAUCCAGACAUUUUGGCCACAAGAAUCGUCCAACUUGUUCUGCUUUCCAUCUUCUGACCAGGCACUUGACAUCCCCUGCUGGCCUAGAUGAGCUGGCUGACGUGUCCCCCUUGUGCAUUUGGGUAUGCUGUCCACUGCACAGGCAUCAGCAACUGAAGACCCAGUUCUGAUACAUGCAUUCCAAAGUCAGACCACACAUCCUGUGAUUCUCCCUGUGACUGGUGGUUCAGAGUUCCCCAAGAAACCUCACCUGGGGUGACCUCAGACUUGACUCUUGUGAACCUGCCAGUGCAAUCAGGUUUGAUAUGUCACCCGCACCAGCAAAUGCACAUACCAGUGGAUGCAGCUACCUGGUCAGUUCCGCCCCAGCCCCAUACCUCAUGCUAACCUAUGGGUACUGCAGCCCAGCUCAACCAGUCUACCACAGACCUGGGCCUCAUGCAUACCAGCGGGUACCAUAGCAUAGUCGGGGUGACCCCUCAAAACCUCUCCUAGGCUCAUCUCCAGCCCCAGUUUACCUGUAUGUCAGCUUAUGCUGUGGCCUAGUCCAGCCCAGCCCACAUCCCAUCUGGCUCUCAUACAUAGCCAUAGAUGUUGUGGCUUAGCUCAACCCUCCCUGCCCCCAGACCUGGCCCUCACAUAUGCCAAUAGGGUCUACUAUUUUAUCCAGGCUGGCCCACCUCCAGCCCUGGUUCUAAUACUCACCAGUGGUAGUACAGCCUAGCAGGGAAGUGCCAACAGUUCCCCUGCUGGGCAUGCUCCCAGCCAUGGAUCUUGCUUCUGCUAGGGGUCCUGUGGUUUAGCCUAACAUGACUGUACCAUGUCUUAGUCCUGGCACUUUGCAGUUGGUUCUGUGUCCUAGCUUGGCUGGCCUGCA